AUGGCAGCUUCAGCUUCGUCUCUCGCUCUCUCCACCUUUAACCCUAACUCCCUUCCUUUCUCCAUCUCCAAACCUUCCUCCCUCUUACCUCCUUCCGUCUCUUUCAAACUCAACUCCCUCUUCCCUUCCGCCAAAUGCAACUCUCGCUUCUUCCGUAACGUGGCCGUUACGGAAGACUUCUCUGUCGAAGAAGAAGACGGCAGUUUCGCUGAUGACGUGGCUCCCCCGCCGCCGCAGGAGCAGUCCUUCUCUGCUGACCUCAAACUCUUCGUCGGUAACCUUCCUUUUAAUGUUGACAGUGCUCAGCUCGCUCAGCUGUUUGAGAGCGCAGGGAACGUUGAGAUGGUUGAGGAGUUGGAUGGUAGACAAUUGAGAGUUAACGCUGGUCCUCCUCCACCAAAGAGGGAAGAUUCAUUCUCCAGAGGACCUAGAAGCAGCUUUGGAGGUGGUGGUGGUGGUGGUGGUUCAGGAAACCGUGUUUACGUCGGUAAUCUCUCAUGGGGAGUAGAUGAUAUGGCUCUCGAGAGUUUGUUCGGGGAGCAAGGGAAAGUUGUUGAGGCUAGAGUCAUCUACGACAGGGACAGUGGUCGAUCCAAGGGUUUUGGGUUUGUGACUUACAACUCUGCACAAGAGGUUCAAAAUGCUAUUCAAACCUUGAAUGGUGCUGAUUUGGAUGGGAGACAAAUUAGAGUCUCGGAAGCUGAGGCUAGGCCUCCAAGGCGCCAGUUUUGA